UAUUAAGUCACCGAUAUUAAGAUAUGUUAAUUUUUCCACAAUUUUUUCAUCAAUUCUUGUGUUUUCCAAAAAAAUAGAUAAACAAUCAAUUUAAAAAAAAGAAAGAAAACAGUGCCAAGGACAAUUUAUAGAACAGGAAAAUGAAAAUGAAAAUGGGAAGUCCGAAUUUAGGAUAUUCUUAUCAUCUUCCAUCGGCUGGAUGGAAUCUCAAGGUUAGAAAUGCUCUAUCACAGUGCAGUGAUCUUUUUAGCGAAUUUAAUAAACACAUUGCACCUGCAUAUCAUCACGACAGAUGCGAAAGAUCAGUUCAAAUGCGAUUAUAUUCCAUGCACAAGAGGGAAUUUGUCAUGGUUUUCGUGGCUUUUUUUGCUUGCUUUGGAUUAUCUGUGUUUAUUGGACUUACAGGACCACCAAUAACUGCGACAACACCGGAAAAGGCACAUCCAAAUGGCAGUGAAAUGCCAAAUGGUCCUUUUAUUAUGAAAACUCCGCCGCUUUCAACGUAUAGUCAACAACUUUGGAUUAUUGCUAAAUUAUCAACUUUAAAUAGCGAUGACGAAAGAUAUGACAAAAGUUUUCAAGUGAGCGUUCUGAUAGAUGGAAUCACAAAUGAUCGAAAAUUGGAUCCGGUUUUAACUGCAGAAUCUGGACAUAAUAGAACGCGACAUUUAAAAUGCGAGAGACAAAAUUGCGAAGAAUUUGUAAUAGCUCAUUUAGGAUUUCUUCAUUUUAGUCACUAUAUAAUAACUGUACGAUUUUAUGGACUCGAGAGUUUUCAUCAACGUUACACAAUACGAAACCUCACAUUCUACUUUAAGAACUAUGAUCCUGAUUUUACGCAAAUUGAAAUUUGGUUCAGAUUAAUAUUUCUUCUGGCUACAUUUGUAGUGACGUGUUGGUUUGGACAUUCUUUGAGGAAAUAUCAUGUGCACGAUUGGUCAAUUGAACAAAAAUGGAUCUCUAUUUUAUUGCCACUACUUAUUCUCUAUAAUAAUCCAUUAUUUCCAUUAAUAUUCUUAGUGAAUUCAUGGAUUCCUGGUAUGCUCGACGCAGUACUUCAAACAACAUUUCUUUGUGCGAUUCUAAUGUUUUGGCUCUGUGUUUAUCAUGGUUUGCGUCAGAACGAGAGGCGAAUAGCAACGUUUUAUUUGCCAAAAUUAUUGAUUGUUGGAUUAUUAUGGGGUGCUGGUCUCACGCUAGCAACUUGGCUCAGGUGUACAGAACUCGAAGAUCCUACGUAUAAUUAUAUUCUUGAUACUUCAAAUUAUUACGGUUUUAAAGUAUUUUUUCUGACGAUGGGAGGAAUUUAUGGCGCCUAUCUUCUGUUACUUAUUCUUAGGGCCUACAGUGAAUUACGAUCGAUGCCAUACUUUGAUCUUCGAUUGAGAUUUUUAACUCUUUUGGCGGCAGUUGUCAUAGGAGUUUGUGCUUUAGUUACAGCGCGAAAAUUUGGUGCUGGUGUAUUUGAAGAUAGUUUUGCUUCUCGACUUUCAACUUAUUAUCAUACUUCAGCCCAAUUUAUGGCCCUCUAUGGUCUUUUAAAUUUCUAUCUCUACACUAUGGCUUACGUUUAUGCACCUGCUCUUCAACAAGUUUAUGGGCAACAUUCAUCGAUAACAAAAGAUAAUCCAUCUUUUUCAAUGAUAAAUGAUUCGGAUGAGGAAGUAAUUUAUGGAUCAGAUGAAGAUAGUCGACGUCCAUUGACUCGAGCACCUAGAAAUACAGACGAUAGUGAUUAGAAAAAAAAUUAAAUAUAUAUUUCAUGAAGAAUAUUAAAUUGAGGAUGAGAAGAAGAAAAAAUACAAAAAAAAAUUUUCUUGACGCAUCGAGAUUUGUAAUAUGUCUUCAUUUUAAAAUUUUGACAAAAAGAAGAAGAAAAAAGAACAAAUAGAUUCCUGUUAUGCACUUUUUUUGUGCAAUUAUAAAAUUGUAAGACUAUAAAAUUUUAUCUUUUAAUAAUAUACGUAGCUUUAUUGUAAUUAUACUAUAAUAUUAUUAAUAUAUAUAUAAUAAUAAUUCUAAUCUUUGGUAUAUGUAUAAUAUUUUUACAUAUAUAUAUAUAGUCAUUUUUUAAUAUGAACACUUGUACAUAUAAUUGUAUUGUAAUUUUAUUGUUUGUGCCAUGCAGUCAAAGGAAAAAACUGCCAGA